GCAUUACUUAAAGCAAAAAAAUUAUAAGGUUCUUUGAUUGCAAAAGAGAGUGAGAAAAUGAGGGUUAUGAUUGUAGCCUGGGGACGAGAGUUUCCCUUCGAAGUUGGUCAGCAAGAACAAGUUCUUGAAAUCAAAAAAAAGAUUCAACUUCUGUUCGGUGUGCCCGUCUCUGCACAAACCCUAUCAAUCUGCGGCUGGGAAUUACUCGAUGAUCUUGACAUGGAAGACUAUCCCAUUGUCAUUGAAGCUACAAGAAUUGACCUAACUAUCAACACCAUCAACCCUAUUCUACUCAACAAUCAGACCAAAAAAAUCCAAAUCACAGUCAAAUUCUCAGCUCGACAGAUCAACAUAGAGGUCGAUAUAACCGAUACAGUUCGUAGUCUAAAAGAAAAAAUCCACAUUGUCGACGGAACACCAAUCAAGAGACUAUCACUCUACUAUUCUGGGGUCGAACUCGACGAGGAUUUUCGCAAUUUGAGCGAAUAUGGCAUACGCGAAUUCUCGGAAAUCGUCGUGUUUCUUAAGACAAUGAGUCGUUUACGAGACGAACCUGCUGCGAGGAAGCUGAGCAUCACAGUGCAGACAUCUUCAUCGUUGCUUAAUGCUGCAAAUAUUCCUUUGGAGAUGAAGGAUUUGAGUACGGUUAAUGAUUUGAGGCGGGUUCUUUUGAGCAGGAAAAUUCUUCCUCAAGAUGAUUAUUUAUUUAUACAUAAACAGAGAAUUAUGCGAGAUCAUUGUAGUCUUCGAUGGCAUGGUGUUGAGAAUGGAGAUUUGCUCUAUGUUUUUAAGGGAACAGUGAGUCGCAGUGGCUACUGAUAGUAGAGAUUUAUUUCAGAAUUAUUAUUGGUUAUGGAUAAACAUUUAUUUGCUAGCUAUGGUUAAUUAGUGUUAUGUUUCGGUAUUAAAUAAAUCUAAUAUAUCAAUUACUUAGUAAUUGAAAUUGUUAACGAACCCAACACCCUUAAUCUCAUUCUCCUUUCCAAAAAUAACUGUA